AAUGUUGCAUCAUAGUCGCCCCAAUCAUACGUUGCCAAGCUCAAACCAAAUCCUAUAGACUCACGAAUUACUAUAGAGUAGAUAUAUUUAGGCAGUGUAUUGGUAUCCGUGACGUGCCACAUCUUUGUCUUGACCCAAACUCCUAAAGCGCGCGGCAGUCGUUGACCAUCCGCCGUCGGGCACCGCGCUACUCGCCCGGUCAGUAACUCGGAAAGUUUACUCGUGCGAGUUGACUGAAAACAAAGUAACGGAAAGUGUGAAAAGCGUGCACUAUGGCGUAUUCAUGGGACAAUAGAGUCGCUUUUGUGGUGCGCUACCUUUACGAUAUCGAUAACAACGGCUACCUCGACGCCCGCGACUUCCACUGCCUCGCGCUCCGGACGUGCGUGCUGGAAGGCAAGGGCGACUGCAGCGCGAGUCGCUUGCAGAAGUACCAGCACAUCAUGCUGAGCCUGUGGGAGGAGAUCGCGCAGCUGGCGGACUUCGACAAGGAUGGCAUUGUAACGGUGGAUGAAUUUAAAAAUGCGGUACAAAACAGCUGCAUAGGACGAAAGUACGAAGAUUUCCCGCAGGCUUUGAAGGCAUUCAUCGAGACCAACUUCAGGAUGAUUGAUAUAAAUGCUGACGGGAUUAUUGGUGUUGAGGAGUUCAGAUAUGACUGUGUGCAGAGGAUGGUGGUGGAUGACAUCAAGGUUAUAGAUGAAGCAUUCAAUUCUUUGUUAAAUGACGACGACAGAAGAAAAGGCGGCAUGUCAAUCUCUCGGUACCAGGAGCUCUUCGCGCAGUUCCUGAGCGAUCAGAGCGAAGACUGCCCCGCCAAACUGCUGUUCGGACCUUUAGAAUUAUAAGUUAUACACCACUCUACUGAGUACCUACCGGCUGAAGGAAAAAGGAAGGCCGGAAUAAAAACGAAAUACAGUAGCCGGCAAGAAAUAUUGUACAUCGACCUUUAGAAAGGGAUUUCGGCUUCGCAGAGCGUUGUCUCUGUCACUCGUACUAUUUGUGACGUUUUGUCGGUCUUAACGAAAGAAACAACACUCUACGAAAUCGCUAUCUCUUUCUAAAGGUCUAUGUACAAUAUUUCCUGCCCCUUACUGUAGCAUACUUUGAUGCAAUCAUAAAAUAGAAAUAUUCCGUAGGUUGGUAGGUACGCUCCAUUAUAUAGUGUGAUAAUUUGAUGAAAUCUACCGUGGUGGGUAAUAAGGCUGGUCUAUGGAACAUAAUACAUAGAGUUAAAUUCCUGUUAAAAGUAAAACCCGUAGUAAAUCUUUAAUUUGUGGCUUAAACUCUGAGUAGCAUUCAUCUUCGAAAGCAUUGCGGAAAUAGUACCUAUUGAUUGCAUCAAAAAUGUGAAGUCCUGCUGACUUCACUUUUCAUCCUUUAUCUUUUUCCUAGGUCUGUGCGAGUCUAGUCAUAAAAAUUCGUUGAACUGAAAUUAUUUAUCUAUUUAUCUACCUUUAUUUUUAUUCAGUAAUUUAUUUUAAAAUAAGAACUGAUGUUCGUAUUAUUUUUAAUUUUGCAUGUCAAUGCCUGAAUGUCAAUUCACCAUCAAAUUAAAAAAAAACAGACAUUAAAAAAGUUUUCAUUUUAAUGGCAACCGUGGUUGGCUUAUGUAAUAACUUAAUAGGCUUGCGCUUGACAAUAAUCAGGAUUCAGGCCUGAUAGAAAGCAACGAUGUGAUCUAGGUUGGAUAUUCACCCUUGCCUUGCAGCCUGAAGGCAAGAAAAAAAUUUACUGAAAGUCAAUUAUUAUGAAUCGUGUAAAACUGACCUUUUAUCGUGUAAACCCUACCUAAGUAGUCAUAAUUUUUAAAUUCAGGAUAGGUACUUACUUAAGUACCUGGUUGAAAAUGUUUAAAAAGUAUUUACUUAGCCUUUUUAUUAGAGUUAGACAGGUAGAUAAAGAUAGAUUCGGAUGAAAAUACUCGAAAGAACACCCUCAAUACUUAUGUACUAUAAACUGGUUUUAAUUUCAGUUUAAAGUAUUUCGUGGAAGAGAUUUUAUGAAUUUCAGAAUGAUAUGCGAAAAGGUAAAGUAAGUACCUCCUAUAUACGUUAAUUAAUUUAAGGCGUCUUAAUGCUAUUAUUAAGAUGCCUAGGUGGUAGGUACCUGACCUAUAACAUUUAGAAAAUCGUAGAUAUUUCGCUAUUUAUAAAUUUACACAUCAUAGAAAGUCCCGCUAAAAAUACCGAAUUCGCCGCAUCGACGCGAAUGUGGCGUUUAAAUAUAGAUCAUUAAAUAAAGAUGCGUUCUAAAACGCUGUGAUAUUUCAUUAGAUAUAAUUUAAAAAUAAAAUGGUUGGAAGUGUUUUAUUUAAAUAAGUACCUACAUCUCUAAUUAUUAUUGUUAUUUAUUAUUGUCCGUCCUACUUUUACUCAUAUUUAUUUGCAAGUUUCUUUUUGUGUUGUCUUUUCUAUUUUGAAAUGAAUCACGUGAUUUGUUUUUCUGGACUGUUGGUAAUGGUAUUCCUGUUCUGUAUAUUUAAAAUUUAAAUAUCAAUAAUUUUAAAAAAUGU